AUGGCUAACUCCUCAUUCACAAAAGGAUCCAUUAUAGAAGUAACCUGUAACCACCCUAUAUUCCGUAAUGCAUGGUACGUCGCCACCAUCAUAAACGAACUCAAAACCACCCCAACCAAAAACACAAAAAACCCAAACAAAACCAGCUACAUAAUCACCUACAACACAUUGUUUUCAAAACAAGAUAAUAUACUACAACCUUUGACAGAGGUCGUUGACCCUUUGUUUGUAAGACCUUCACCACCUCGUACCAUUCGACGUAACGAGGAUGAUGUUUUUAAGGUUGUUGAGGUGGUGGAGGGUGAGGGCGAGGGCGAGGGUGAGGGUGGUGGGGAGUUUGAGGUGGGUGAUGUUGUGGAUGCUUAUUAUAGAGAUGGGUGGUGGAUUGGUGUGGUGAAAAGUGUGAGUGUUGGUGAGGGUGAUGUGAAGAAGUAUGUUGUUUUGUUUGGAAAUUUUAAUGAGGAGUUUGUGUUUGAUGGGUCAAAGUUGAGGUUUCAUGUUGACUGGGUUGACUGUCGUUGGAUGGUUCCGCCGAAGAAGACUCCAAAGCAGUUAUCAGGCUUCACUACACCUUCUAAACGAGCCCGAAUAACUAAAACUGUUGGCCCUUCAUGUUCUGCUAAAACGAACACUGGAUCGCGAAAAAGAUCUAAAGGAUACAACUCCGUAAAUGGUACAGGUGGCAAGCAAACCCGUGAGUCCGAGGAUGGCAUGGGCCGUCGAAACAAGAAGAGGGGAAGACCACCAAAGUUGGUGGUUAAAAAACAAAUCGGUUUACUAGAAGGAAGUAAAUGUUUUAGUCCUUCUGAUCAGCAUGGCAACUCACCGAGUCAAGCGAGUGCUGGAACCACCACCGACUACCAACAAGAUUGGCCGUUUAUCAAGCGGUCUCCAAUCUGGGACACCAUUGAGUUUUACUCUCAAAAGCCACACUUUUCACCACUGAAGCGAACAAAAGAGGAAUCCCGUGAGGGUUUAGCCAUCGGUAACAUGGUCACGUUUGGGAAUCUUGUUCAACGUCUUUCUGACUUAAAACCGAAUGAUCCCGUUGACAUACUCAACAACAGCUUGGAAACGUUAAGCGACUUGGAGACUCAUGGGUUUGACGUGGGCCCAGUUAGAGGUCGUUUAAACGACUUGCUUUCUUUGAAAACCAAAAUGUGUCAACAAGAGGAUACGCGUAAAGAAGUUGAAACGGAGCUUCGAAAGUGCAAACAUGAAAAGUCUUUAAUGGAGAAGGAGAUUUAUCAGUUAAAAAUGAAGAUGCAGGAGUUGAAAUUAAAGAUGGUGCGGGCUGAAACUAUGCGGAAACGGAAGGAGUAUAAAGUUACAAGGUUGCGAUCAGACAUGCUUCUGGUUCGUAACCAAAUCAGUGAAUGGAUGCUUGCUUUUGAAGAGCCUGCAGCCGCCUGUUUGUAA